CUCCGAUGGAGCGGAGCGGGGCUGCCCUGCGGCUCCUGCAUCUGCUGCUGCAGCUCCUGCAGCUGCUGCAGCUCACCUGCACCGACAGCAGCACCGCCGGGAACGGUUCACAUGGAUUUUCAGACCAAGAAUCUCUCCAGAGAGAUGGUCAGCAUUACAGUGGUCAUGUGAAGCCAAACAUCAGUCAGGUGGCAAUUGCACAGGCUGUCAGCUACAACUCGAGCAGGGCAGGACAGUGGGGAGCAGCGCCCCGGAGGCCGUUCCCCCAUGGCCACUCCAGCCCCCUGAAUGUCACCAUCAAUGGCACCCCCUGCAUCCUGUUCUGGGCCAAGAGGAUCAUCAUCAGGCUGGAGAACCACACCCAGCUGGAUUUGACAGAGAGGACCUUCGGUGUCCAUGCCACCGUGGACGUUGGGGACUCAAACUGCAGCGAGGACAGCGCCACGCUUUCCCUGAAGUUUGGUGAUAUUGGCAACCUAAAGGGACUUGUUAUCAGGCUCCUGUUAACCACCAGCUCCUACCAGCUGUCUGUGCAGAGCUGGUUCAGCUUGCACAGGCUGCAGCUGCUGUACAACCACUCGCUGCAGGCCAGCUUCAACGCCACGGGGAUCCGCGCGCCGGCCGCCUACUCCUUCCACUGCGAGCACGUCAGCAGCCUGCACAGAUACGAUGCUCUGCUCGUCCCCAGCUCUGCAGAUGACCUCUCACACCUCUGGGAGGUCACCUUCAUCGACUUCCAGAUUCAGGGUUUUAACGUUCAAGAAGGACAUUUUGCCUACGCCAGAGACUGUGCAUCCUUCCUCUCCCCAGCCAUCCUGAUGGGGUUGGUGAUGUCCCUGGUUCUGCUGCUGGUCCUGGCCUAUGCUCUGCACAUGCUCAUCCACCUGAAAUCUCUCGACAGGCACUAUGAAAGCAAAGCUUCUCCUGGCUAUUUUGCACAGAUGAAAGACAGUGACAUGGGGGAUGAGAAGGAGCCACUGAGAAACAGUGGAAAUGAGUCCUAUGAACUCAGGAACCAACAGUUUGGUAAAAUAUAUAUUUAGCAGCCUGUAUCUGUCUCAGUGAAACAAGAGCUGCUUUCUUCUGCUGGCACUAUGUGGUCUGUGGAGAUUUUCUUACCAGCUGGUGAGAGGAAAAGCAGGUAACAGAUUGUUUAGCCAGUUAUUCACUGGUAAUCAUCUCAAAGAUGC